CCUCCUCCUAGCAAAAUCUCCAAAAUGGAGACUCUCCCUCCUUAUCCCUUGAAAUGUUCGUCACCUAAAGCUAAAGUUUUCCUCGUUUUCUUUUCUAUGGUUUUAUGCACAUCUUUAUUAUGUAUUGUACAGUUAAAGUUUUUUAGACCUAAAGUGAAAGAUUUUUAUUCUUUUGAAGUAAUGGAUUCUAAAGGACAGAGUGUUUCUUUGGGAAAAUACAGAGGCAAAGCAUCUCUGGUUGUAAACGUGGCUAGUGCCUGCAAGCAUACAGAUGCAAACUACAGAGCGCUGCAGGAAUUACACAGAGAAUUUGGUCCUUCCCAUUUCACUGUCCUUGCCUUUCCCUGCAAUCAGUUUGGAGAGAGUGAACCCGGAAGCAACUAUGACAUUUUAUCAUUUGCUAAAGGGAACUAUGGAGUGACAUUUCCAAUAUUCAGCAAGACUAAAAUUCUAGGUUCGGAAGCAGAACCUGCCUUCAGAUUCCUUGUGGAUUCAACAAAAAAAGAGCCAAGAUGGAACUUUUGGAAAUAUCUGAUAAACACGCAAGGGCAAGUAGUGAAGUUCUGGAGACCAGAGGAACCAAUUGAGAAUAUUCGACAUGACGUAGCGGCCUUAGUCAGAGAAAUAAUCAUGAAGAAGAAAGAAGAUCUUUAAAACUUUCAUUUAGCCACAUGGGCUUCAGACUGUUCACAGCACAGUUGUGCUGGUUUUCUCAACAGUUUUAUUUUUUUUGUAUGUGUUGAAAUGUUUGUGUAUGUUUUUAAUAUUUGUCCCACUUCUCUGAAAUUUGUUUUAUUGUCCUUUUACAUUUCUAAGAUACCAAACAUUUGAGGAACAGUCUUGUGGUUAUUUAAUAUUUGAAACAAGAAUCACCAAUUUGUCAGUUUUGUACCAAGUUUUAUUUUAGGGCAUAUUUUAAAAAGUGCAAUGGUUUAAAGAUAUUUUGAAAAUGUAUUUGUUGACUGAAACAAUGUGCUAAAUUCAGUCUCUCCAAUUACUCCACUUCUUAAUUUAUUCUAUGCAACCUCUCCUUAAAGGGUCAUUUAACACGUUGCUUUUGAGUAAAAACUAUGUGUAUCCUUCACUCCCUAUGGAGACCAAGAACAAAUUCUAUAAACCUAGAUUUUCUUCCCAAUUCUGCAAAUCAAAUCAUUUGUUUUAGCAAUUUGUAGCAUUUUAGAAAAGGGUAUUAUACUUGUUAUAGCGUUUGUUUUUUGUCUCUUCCAGGAGCAUAAGACGAGCACAAUUUUUACACAAAAGCAAGAAGGGUUUAAAGGGACGUAAAACAGGUUGAGAUUUGUACAUAUCCUAAAAGGGCCAAUGAAUUAAAAAGUUUGCCUAAAAAAAAUUGUUUAAAAAUUGCUGGCAAGUAUUUUAAAAUAAUUUUCAAAAAUAAGCAAAAAGAAUUACAUAGCUAAGCUGCCUGGAGCAGCCAACUCCACCCUCCUUAUCAGUGUUCAGACACAGGCAUUGUAUUUCAACUGAGUUCACAGCUUCUAGGCAUGCUCCAGCAGAUAAUCCCUAUGCACUUUUGCAUUCUACCAAAACAACAAUAGAUAUAGAUACAGCCAUAGAAGGAAAUGUGUGGGGGGAGUUAGAGCUUUACAAUUCAGAAACUAAAAAGGAAGGGUUAAUGGCGAGGCACUGCAGUAUACAUUUUGAGGUAAAGUUAUUAAAGUACAUAUUAUUAUAUUUUGUCUCUAUCCCAUCUUGUUUUAUGUCCCUUUAAUAUCCAUUUAAGUUGUUUAGUGAAUAGCCUCCAUAUAACAGCACAAGAUCUGAAAAGAAUGGAGACACCGGAAAGGCUGUUAGUUAAUCUAACAAUACCAGUUCAUUCAGCACCAGUGUACACGUGCACGCUGUCAGGCUUAGGGUUGCCACCUCGGCCAUGUUUUCCUAGACACUAAAGGCUGUGACACACUGCAAGCGAUGCGGCGCGAGGCAAAGCAGCUGCUUCGCUCUGCGUUGCAUCGCUUCUGAAGUUCAAAUAUUUCAUCUCUGAGAGCUUAGCUAUGCGACCUGACGCAGCAGUGCUCAGAGAUUAAAAGGCAGGACACACUGAGCGCACACAGCUGCAUGUACACGCUGCGCACCGCAGUGUGUCACAGCCUUUAUGAGUUACACAUGCUGCAGGGUAAGCAGAGGGGAACAUGCAUUGCACACCUAAACAGCACAUGAAUAGUGACCCUGGAUAACACUAUUCAUGUUCCUCACUGCACACCCUGCAGCAUGUGUAACUCAUAAGUGUCCAGGAAAACAUGGCCGAGGUGGCAACCCUAGUCAGGCUUCACACCAAAAGCUCAACACUGUAAUAUUAAACAAUUUAUUGGAGCAGAGUGAAACAAAUACAAUUCUAAUGUUAGUUAAUCUAACCCAGUAAUUUAAAAGUUUUUCUAACAUUUCUAAAUAAAUAUGUGAAUUUUCUUAAAGAA